GCGUAAGAUUGCUGUUGGUCAGCAUACACAGCACCCUGAGGUGGCAUUACCUCUCUCCCAGCGAAGGAGCAGCUCGCACCCAGACAGACACAGCCAUGGGGAAAAUCUACCAGGUCGUGGUGCACGGAUUUAAAGGUGAAAUACUCAUGAUCGACAUGUGCAACACGGAGGAGCAGUUCAAGAGCAUGACCGUGAUGCAGCUGAAGGAGAAGAUAGCAGAGAGGCUUCCCGAGACCGCAGGAGUGGGGGCUCUGCGGCUGAUCUUCACAGAUAAGAUGCUGGAUGGAGACGACGGGCUGCUGAGUGAAUAUGGAAUCCAGAACCAGUCCCACAUCCACAUGGUGGUGAAGGUUCCUGGAGGACUGACCGCUUGACAGAGACCUCCACCUUCUCCUGCUGCUGUUUACGCUCUACUGUGUGCUAUAUGUGUGCUAUAUGUCUUGCUCCUUUUAUUGUUCCGAUGUAAAAAUGGUUUUUCUGUUCAAAUAAAGACACGUUCUAUCUAA